CCGCCGUGCAUGAAAUGAAGGAGAGGUUUCUCAGCUGAGUGAAAGAAAACAAGAUGUCUCAAGGAACGAUUGGUGAUCAGUCGUCCGACAAGUCAGCCGUGGCAGGCCACCCUGCUCGACACGGUGCCUUGCAGUCAGCCUGCGGUGCGACACCUGGGGUCAUGAUAUCCUUAAAAUCAGCUCGAAUAUUCGGAGCGAUUGAGUUCAGAGUUCAUCCCGUGAAUAAUUUGUCCCGGCGUAAACAUUACUGCCAUAGAAGAAUAUCAUCCUCGUCAUCCUCAUCAUGUCUGCCGGAGUGCAUACCUACACCGGAGUCUGGACCAACUGGUCCGAGGGUUCGAUCCAAGGACUCACUCUGACCUUGUCCCAGACGAAUUCUGGAGUUUUGAGCGCGUUUCUCGCCAUUCUCGUCAGCGUCACGGGUGGUUUCUUCUGGAGCAUUCUGAGCUUUGCCCUUCAUCAACUGAGAACGACGGAUCCGGGCCAGCAACGAGAUGCCUUACACUACCUGAGCCAGGCCAUCUUACGCAAUAAAGGUGCUGCCUCUGCGGCUUGGGCUCUGUUGAAGCUUCCCUUUGCAGACGAGCGUACACUAUCCAAGCCGCAGGCACUGAGACGGACUGUCCCCUUGGCGAUACUUCCAAUCCUUGUUCUCAGUCUAUUCGGAGUGUCGAGUUUGUUUACGAGCUACAUCACCAAGGCGGCCGGUCAAUCGACUCUCAUUUGGGGUCCAGGAUGCGGCGGAUACGAGUAUAACGCCACCGAUGUGAGCGUGGCCAACAGCAAAAGUCUCCAGGAUACCUACGACGCCGCGACCUACGUCCGACGGUGCUACCGCGAGAAUGCAAGCGAGCUCGACUGCAACAGCUACGUCCGACCCAACCUCCCGUUCAGUAUCAAUCCGAAUGCCUCUUGCCCCUAUGCGCCCGAUCUGUGUACCUAUAACAGCCACGCCGCCCUGCAGAUGGACACCGGCUUCCUUGACUCACACGCGGACUUUGGCAUCAAUGCCCAAUUGGUCGAUCGAAUCAAGUAUCGCCGGGUCACCACAUGUGCCCCGAUCAAGCACGGUGCCGGGUUGGCAACCGCUCGGAAUUCCUCGGAAGAUGGAUUGAUCGUCUAUAUCAACGCGGGCGGGCAGUACGCCGAGGGGUCGGAGUACCUCAACUACACUUUCUCCUUCACCCCGAUCCCGAGCCUCGACGGAGUAGGUUAUACGCUAAGCGCCGCUUUCGCAAAAGCCGACCCGACGGGCCUUCUCAACGCCACCCAGGCCUGGGUCCCCGACCCCGUCAUCAACACCACCGAUGCGGAUAUCACGAUGAUGAUGCUCAACCAAAAUGACAUGGGCUAUCUGGAACCGAGUUAUGACCCGUGGAUGACCGCCCUCGAGCCCGCGACCUAUAGCUUGGACAGUACCAACUUCACUACUUCGAUGUGGACGAAGAGCUAUCUUGCAAACCUGCUCGUCUGCACUGACCAGUAUCAAAUCUGUAACCCGAACCGAUCUGGCAACGAGACGACCCAGUGCACCCAGCUCGGCGGGAUCCUGAGUACGGCCUUUGCGAGCUUCAACACCGACCCGACCAAGUAUCUCGGGUUUAACGGGGCCCAGAUCGCGACAAUUGGGCGAUUUUUGUCUGGUAAUAACGACCGAAGUAUGUAUUCGAAUGUGAAUGGGCGCGGGGCUGCGGCUUUGAAUGCAUCCGCAAUCGCUCACGGAAACAUCCAAUUCUACAUCCCACCCACCCAAUGGCAAACCGAAGUCAGCACCUGGUUCGCCACCUCCCUGGCCAAAGAACAAGCCUGGGCCGUCGAAUGGGCCACGGCCCCCCGCAACUUUCCAGCCAGCUCGUUGCUCGACGCCUCCUCCGUGGGGUGGAACGUCACCGCCCCCUUGAACAGCUACGGCCGCGCCCAGUGCGCGAACCAGCUCGUGCAUAACGCGGCCGGGUACGAGAAUUUCUCCGUGCUGGGACUGGCACUGGCGGUCGCGGUGUGCGGGGCGAUCAUCCUCGUUGGGUCGAACGUGGAUUACGUCGUGGCGCGGGUGCGUGGGCGAGAGGGGAAGGGGAGGUACAAGACCGAGCAGUGGGUUGCGGAGGAAGUCCUAGUGCUGCUUCACGGAUUGUAUGAGGCGUCUGGGUCGUGGAGAGGGGACAACAAAGAAGGGAUGGUUCCCAGUUCGGUGGUGUUGAGAGACAUAGUUAGGGACCUCUUGGAUUCGGAGGUCAAGGUUGGGCCGGAGGGGAAGACUUACAAUGAUGAUGGACGGGCUGGACAGCAGAGUGAUGGGCAGGGGAUACUGGGUGGCGAGGAGCAGGGAAUGGGAGUCGGGUCGAGGAAGGAUAGCCAUGCGGUGGUUGAGCAUGAGGUGCGGAGAACGUAAUCUCUGGUAGAGAGUGGGCUAUGGGAUCAACCUCUAGGCCCCUCUGAUUCAACGCCAUGGUGAGGUAGAUGCGUGAGACAACCCUGCGUUCUGUGCGGCCAUCAAGGUCACUGGCAAGAAGCCGACCAUGGUGGCCGGUAUCGUAACCGACGUCUGUCAGUGCAUCCCUACUUCCCUCACUCGGGAUGAUUCCCAGUUGCGGAGGCAAGCCGCGGGUGUAAAGUUGGUGUCUUUGGUUCCCAUUCUCUGCGAUCUGGAGCGCAACGGGAAAAGGCACUCCUGGUUCUCUGCAGCUUCUGCCGGGGCGCACAUUAACUCCGCACUACGCUCUCCGGCGCGGCGUGCGUGCUGGAUUCUGCUCAAGUCGGCUCUCUUGUCGUCUCCCUAAAAGCCAUUCUGCAGCGGGUAUUUUUC